AUGUCUUCUCUUCCAGCUACUCAGAAAGGGGUCCUAGUCUCCAAGAUAGGAGGGCCUGAGGUCCUGGAAUACAAAACAGACUUGCCUGUCCCUUCUCCCAAGGAUGGGGAGGUACUAGUGAAAAACAACCUCACUGCCAUUAAUCUCAUCGACACGUACUUCAGAAAAGGUGUAUAUGACUCUGCCAAACCUGAAAUCCUGGGCAAAGAAGGCGCGGGUACCAUUGUUGCUUUGGGCCCCGGCCCGAAUCCAUACAACUUAGCUGUUGGUGAUCGCGUUGCAUGGAUCGGAACUGCAGGAUACGCAGAGUACAGCACCCCGCCAGCAUAUAGAGUAGCAAAGAUUCCCAAGGCUGUCUCUGACGAACAGGUACUCGCCGUGCUACUAACCGGUACCACAUGCCUUUCCUUCAUCAGAGAGGCAUAUGAAGUCAAGAAGGGUGACUGGAUUCUUCUUCAUGCUGCGGCCGGCGGAGCAGGUAUCAUCAUGACCCAGUUACUGAAGUUAGCCGGUGCCAAAGUCAUCGGUACUGCAGGGGGGCCUGAAAAAGUUCAGAUCGUCAAGGAUCUUGGAGCAGAUGUGGUUAUCGAUUAUAAGAGCACGGAGGGAGCUAAGUGGCUGGAUAAGGUGAUGGAGGUCACAGGCGGCGAGGGUGUGAACGCAGUGUACGAUUCAGUGGGCAAGGAUACCUGGGAAGACAGUCUCAAGGCUGCCAGGCGGAAAGGAUCUGUAGUUUUCUUCGGAAACUCUAGUGGUGUUGUGCCUCCAUUCCCAAUUUCGAUGCUGGCCGGGAAAAAUCUCAAGAUAUGCCGCCCUGUUCUCUUCAAUUAUAUUUAUACCCGUGAAGAGUUUGACUUAUACAUGAAUGAACUCUUCCAGUUGCUCGAGACUGGGAAGUUAAAAACAAGUAUCUAUAAGACAUACCUGCUUGAAGACAUUCAGCAGGCACACAUGGUCAGUCUCCCCUCACUUUAA